AUGUCUAUCACAACAACAACAGCCCAACUAGGUCAAACAUGUAUAUUCUACAACAACAAUUCAACACAUACACCACCACCACAAAGUGGUUCUUCUGUUGUCAUUGAUUUAACGAACUCUGAAAGUAAUUGCCAAUCAGGUCUUUACUGUGAUCAAGCCCAUUUCUGUGUAAGACAAUUAAAACAUGGUGAAGUAUGUGAGUUUGAUCAUCAAUGUUCAAAUCACCUUUCUUGUUAUAAAAAUACAUGUACAACAGCUUCUACUACUACGAUGAACAGUCAUAAUACAAUUCAUAUUGUUGUUAGUAUUAUAAGCGUCAUUUUAUUCAUCAUAGUUGCCAUUAGUCUACAUUAUCUUUAUUUUAAAAGACAUCGUCGUAAUCAGAGACAUCAGAAGAAUGAUGAUCCAUUAAAAGAUCAACACACAUUGGAUACGAACAAAAUGAAAAAUCAUGUCCUUUCAACCCAACAACCUAAUACCAUGACUCAUUCAAUCAUAGAGCAUCAACAACAUAUCAGCACAGUUAAUCAUAUAUUACAGACCAAUUAUGAAUUUCACCCUACCAUUAUUAGUAGUACUCAUCCUAGUAGUAGUCAUGUAUUGCCUCCACCUUAUUCCCCUUAA